GCCUUCGGACUUCGCCCAUCUGACAUGGUGGAAAGCCCCCAAAAGUGCCUCAGGGCCCUUCCUAGACCUCAUUGAGCCUGCUGCAUAUGCUGCAUAUGCUGCAUUGCGGCGGGGCAAUGCAACUCUGGAUCGCCGACCCGGAAAGAUUCUCGAAGUCGAUGCUGCAGUUAUGUCCAUUUCGGUGAAGGCCUGCAGCUGUCAACAUGCCACGGCGAAAAGUUUUUCGUCUGCUUGCUUCGGCCUCGGGGUUGCAGCUGUCUUAUUAGCCAAGAUCCAGACGAAAGCCAAGGUCCAUGCAGAUCGACAGGCUCAGGGUCUUCUUGCCUACACAGUAUGGUGUUGCUGCGGAUAUUCCAGUAUUCAAAGAUAUACCAUCGCCUUCUAGGAUGACGUACAGGUUCCAUACGACUCAACGGCGGGCUGGUGUGCCGUACAAGUGUCAAGCACACCGCAGCAGCCGCAGUCAGGGGAAGGGAGCAACAAGCAUGCCGGCCAAGACCCAACUAAGAUCUUGUUCGGUUUCUGUCGGCUGCAUUGGCCAAAAGCAGCCUCAACCUGACGGGACGGACCAACAAUUAGCGGUCUGGAAGCAAACAGCGCGUUGCUCAGUCCGCCAAAGACCAGAUAUCACAACGCUAAAAUCCCAGGAAAAUCAUAAUCAUUCACUCUUCAGACGAGAUGCAACCCUGAGGUUAUGUACUCACGAACUCUGUGCUUGUACCCUGACAGGCUACAAGUCAGGUCACUUUCUCUCUCUCAGGUCUUCCCUUGAUCCCAACCGACUUUGCCCUAUGUGCAAGCCUUUUCAAGCACCUUUUUCGGUUUUACCCUGUCCUUGGGCGAUGACCUGGGUCGAAAGAAAGCAACAGUACCCAUUGUUACCCGCCAUGCCCUGCAAAGAAGACCUUUUCCGCAAUCCCAUCUCAAAAAGCUGGGAUGCCACAACUCGGGGAAGUUUUCUGGGAAGAGUGGGAAAUAAGAUGGAGCCGGGCAACAAUUCCAGAGUCGCCUGGAAAUACCCAUGGGCUGAACAGGCCACAACUGUGCCACUGCGGGUAGGUCAGUCACGCGACAAACACCUCAUAACCACAACCACACCUCACACAGAGUGUCCAAUGAUGGAGGGGUGUUGCUCUGCCAUGGCCCAUGGCAAGUCACUGAACUCCAAUUCCCUCCAGUUUCCUCUUUGGCUGCUGCAAUACCAAUCCCAUUUUCUACCAACUCCACACCUUUCUGUUUGGUCUGCAGCCAGGUUACUCCUCUUUUUGCAAUCCCGUUAUCGCCUUCACAGCUCAGGUUCACUUGACUUGUCCCAACGCUUUGUCCCCUCUCCGCUGUGGACCACCUAAUCUGACCUUAGCCUUUCUGAGACGUCUUCCCUCCUCCGUUGUCCGACACCCACUGCCCCGAGCUAAGGUGCUCACUCAGCCUUGCUUAUCGGCACACACCGGCCGGGCAUUACUUGACUCACAGCCCCGUCAGGCCCCGCUCUGCAACGACAGCGCCGAGUCCAACGGCCGGCAGCAUCCCGAUGCCCCUCCGGAGCUACGUGUGCACUCGCCUAACCAGCCCCGUGAACCAUCACUGCAAGGAACCAACAGCACCCGCCUCUUCUGGUUGAUACCCUGAA